AUGUGCAAUCAUCAUGAUUUCUUUAUAAUUCUGACCUAUUUGCUUAUUUGUGAGGUCUCCUGCGACUUCGCGAAUAAUCAAAGGCUGCUUGAAGAGUAUGAAAGUAAGUUAUGUCAUUUCUUGUAGUUUGUUUGUUUUAUUUGAAUGAAUGCUUCAUGUUUCUUUUUAUGUUUGAUUUGCUACAUAACCAAAUCGUCGUUCAGUCAGGCAAUGAAUCAAUCAGCAAUGAGCUUGUCUAUGUUACUUAGGAUGCUAUCUAAUUUUCUUAAAUUUCAAGGCCAAAGGGAAGAUUAGCGACAUAGUCGAAGGGGCUUUAAGCAAGGCAGAUAACAACGCAUGGUUCAUUUGUGGUUUAUGCUUUUAUUCGUAAGCAAAACCACACAAGUUAAAACUUCCUAAAAUAUAAUUCGUCGGUUGUUAACAAGGGGAAAUGUGGGGCUUAAACGAUUAUUGAUGAAGAAAUGUUCGAGAAGUUAUUUUAGACGGUUCACUAAAAAGAUAGGCACAUCAUUAACCCCUGUCUUUGUUAACUAUUCCCUUUAAAAUAGGAGCCACAAAGUUCGACUUACAUAAGGAAAUCAUGAUCAACCAAAACUCUUCGCAGUCUACUUUUCCUCCCAUUUACUUAUAUUACAUAGUUUCUGCUCACUAAUAAAUAUAGAUGUAGAUAUUACUAACUAAAGACAAUUCCUUGGAUUGAAUCCUUUGACUGUACAUAACCCUUGUAUUGGCAAUUUAAAUCAGCACUGACCAUAAUGUAGGUCUCACUUGGCUCCACUAAACAGCAUAAUCUUGCAUAUAUUUGCUAAAGUUUACACUUAAAAUAUUAUAUCAAUUGAAAAGCAAUUUUAUUUAUUUGGUUCUCAAACGUAAUUACUCACAUGUAGAAAGAAUGUUUCAUUACGAUUUGGUGUUAUCAUGUUCUGCAGAUGUGCGACCUUUAACCGAUUUCAAAAGAUAUAGACUCUUAUCUUCUAAUAGCAAUUUAGCACCACAUGAUCGCCUCACACACACACAUGAUACCUGCCAACAUUUCUUGAAUUUUCAUUCUGUCAUGACCAGAAUUUCCGGAAACGUCCAAGCAACUUCCGAAUAUUUCCGACGAUUUUCCGAAGACUUCCGAACGUCGCCAAAAAUGUUCGAAGUUGUUUCGACGACCUUUGAGCAGUUCCGAAGCUAUUUCAAACGCGACAAUUUUAGCGUGUUGUGAUAUAGUUAGGACACAAAGUAAACAUUAAGCGUCUUUUUGGAACAUUUUUGGGGAAACUGAAUUGCAUUUCUUUCAUUAAUCAUUUGUUAAAGAAUCGUCCGGAUUUGUGAGUCAGGUGUGAGAAAUUGGUUUUUUGCGUGAGAUCGGUGUCUUUGGUCUGCAGGCGUAAGACUCACGCAUAUUGCGUGAGAGUUGGCAGUAUACGACACACAUUUCCCAAGAAACCUGAAUUUUAUUGUAGUGCAUAAUGCAAAUUUAUUCUGGAUUGCGAUUUUCGCUUAUCCUCUAAAAAAAAAAGAAGAAAAAAUGCUGACGUUUGGAGUCACGAUAUUUGGUGAAAGAAAUAACUUGCGAUGGGCAGGUAGGAUAGUUCAGUAAGAUUGCUAUCUGCAGAUUUAAUGAAAAAUUCGGCAUAUUUCCCUUAGAUGAAAACCUUGUGCACUUAUAAGCGUUCUCAUUCCCCGGGAAUUUGUGAGCUACUUGUAACAAAACCGUAUUGACCAAAAUCGAAAUCUCUCACGUUAGGCUGAACAAGUGAAAAUGCCCCACCUUGGAGAACUAGUAGACCAAAGUGCACGUGAAACUUUCUUGAAACGGACGUGACACUCAAAUCUGGGCAGGGAAAAGUGUUAAUUUCGCAGAAUCGACUGUAAGAGCAAACGACCUUUUUUUAAUUAGCCACUUCAAGCUCCCCUUUGGUUCUCAUAGGCUCCACCGAGAGGAAGGUAAUACAAACACACUAUACGUAUUUUUAUUUCUUUGUCAAAGAACUUCAACAAGUUCCACCAGCAAGAGUCUCGAGCAACAAAUUCCAGAAGCACUUUACAAGCACUAGUGACUCAUCCCGUCUAAAGAGAGAGCUAGAGGGUGACUAUGACAUCAUUUACAUCAUCGAUUCUUCCAGCUCGAUUACUCGCGCUGAGUUUCGCAAAGGUAUCGAAGCUAUUCAAAUGCUGAUCGACAGAGGUGUCCCGGAAACUAAACACGCUGCUAUGACCGUAGCCAGUGAGGCAAAGUUGAUUUUUAGCUUUACUUCCGCAGAAAACGCCGCACAAGAACUGACCAAACUCCAAAAAACUGGAGGGAAAACAAACAUGCAAGAGGCCCUGGAGAAGAGCUUAAACGUCUUUCGGAAUCCCUGGUUCGGCAGUCGCGUUGGAACCUUUAAGCGCGUUUUGGUUGUCACCGACGGACAGUCGAACAUAAAACGGAAUCAAACGCUUUUGAAUGCCAUGGAGCUUAAACUUUACGGAGCUGAGAUAUUCGUGGUUGGAGUAGGAGAUUAUUUGGAUGGAAUUGACGAGUUGGCUCAUAUGGCCAGCUCCUUAGAUGCGCAUCUCUAUAGAGCUGGUGACAUGCAAGGGUUUAUUGAGAUCGUAAAGCUGAUUACGCCUGUUAGUUACAGACGUGAUUGGGCAGCUGAAAUGAGAAGGCUGAGAAAAGCGUUCAUUGUGGGAAGACAAUGA